AUGCCACUUAAACAUAAGGCGGUGAAAGAGGCGGACAUCAAGAGCGCUGGUCCGCCGACAACCCGGAGCACCACCAGAAGUCGCAACAAGCAGUUACAAGCUUCGGCGAAUCCACUCAGUAAUGCCGGCCAUCUCGAAACAAGAGCUAUGUCAUCAGCGCCGAAGCAGAAUGCGGCGAGGAAAAGAGGCCCCUGGGGGGAAGACUAUCUCAUGACGAGCACGAAAUCAGCUCUGGUUCAUGCAGAUCUUGUGCGACUAUUUUCAAACCCCAAGGCAUGGGAAUGUCUAGAGGAAGACGAGAAACGAGAGCUCAUCUCUUUGCUUCCGGCACACAUCCAUCCAAACCCCGACCCAGACCCCAAUAAUCCAGAAGCAAAGAUUCCACCCUUACCCGAAAGCUUUCUGCGAUACGACAACAACUGGCGCGCUGCCCUGCGCAAUUUCCAGUCCGAUCUCGAGGCCGGCCGGUACAGACCUGAUUGGCAACGACAAGCCAAACAGGCCGUCCAGGAACGAGCGCAGGGCAAAUUCGAUGAUUUCAAGGAGCGGGAAUUCGAGCAGUUUUGGGGCCAGAAACAGAAAAUCAGUUAUGGGUUGAUUGCGGGUGAGAGUUCUAAAGUCAAGCUGGAGACGUUGAUUGCGCAUGAUGUUGUGCGGGUGGGAGACGUUUGGAAGUAUUGUCGUGUGUUCGGGGGGAAGAAGGCGCCGAUCGUUGUUGAGAAGGAGGUCAAGAUCACGGCUAUUGAAGGUGCAAAACUUAGCUUUUUGAUGCCGACUGGGCAGAGGGUAUUUUUGUGCGCUGUCGGUGAGUCUAAGACCGAAGACGAAAAGGUCGAAAAGGGGAAAGUUGAAGACAUCAAGUCUGAGGAUGAGAAAAUGGAUGUUGAUAGAAUCGAAAAGGGGACAGUUGAAAAGGGGAAGACUGAAGCUGGAGAGACCAAGGGUGAGGUCAAGGACGACACGCAAAUGGAUAUCGACCCGGUUUCAGCUUCCCAACCUGGCGAACAUGCAACAUCACCAAUCCAGGGUCAGCCACCACGGGACGAAUCUAGUCCACAAUACUAUCUUGCGGGGGUUCUAAACUAUGCUACGCAAUCCAACCCAGAGCUCAAAGGCGAUGCAGAGAAAGAUGGAAUUGUGCCUCAUGAAGCAGAUACAACCCCGCAACAGCCAGAGGCACCACGAAGCCUGGUCACAAGAGCUGGAACUCGUCGAAAGAGGGGAUGUCCUGCAAAACGUAAAUUCCCUCACGAUGCAGCUCAGGUAGCUGCUGUUGAAGUCAAUCGAGUCACAGAAGCCGAAGCCACGAAAGCUCCUAGAGAAGCCGACGUGAACCCUUCCAACAUUACGGAGAAAGGCGCCGAUCCAGAGCCGGUUCCAGAGUCGGCGCGUGAAGAGGAACACAAAAAUGCCGACUCAUCACAGCAGCCUAUAACCCCCUGGGAAACCGAUGCUCCUGAGACCGCGACAUCCUGCAAGGCUGAUGAAUCAGAACCAGCACAAUGCAGUGCUACCACCGCUACACCUCUAGAAAUAGAGAUUCACAACAUCGCAGGACCUAAUGCCCUUAUGAAGAAAAUCCUAGAGACUGACGGCCGCGUCAAGAACCCACCGAAUGGUAAUGCCUGGAAAGAGAUCCGCUGUUACAGGAAGAAUCAGGAUAUGGGCAGUUUAUGGGAGGUGAGGCAGGCUUGGUAUGUCAAGUAUCGGCGGGAGUGA